AUGUGCGACGCCAUUCGUGACGAUUCCAUGGAUGUCGAUACGAACCUUGAUACUGAGCAGGUUAAUAGCGUUGAGCCCGCCAUUCCAUGUUCAGAUCACUUGAAGAAUCCAAGCAUGGAUAUUGGGGAAAAAGAAUCUUCUGUUCCUGCUGCAGAUGUCGUAUCAGAGAGGCCUGUUGAGGAUGAGGCUUUUCAUGAUGUAGGUCUCGAGAAACAGGAGUAUGUCUCUGCAUCAAAUUUUUCGGGACCCGACAUUGGAUUAUUAGUCGACAUGUUGGCUGAACAGGCUACCAGAGAAACUGUGGGACCACCCUUUGAGAGUGAUUCAUUCACAGUACCAGUCAUUGGGACUGAUCCAGUAUUGAUUCCCGGCGUAUCUAGCUUACCUCGGAGUGACGGACUUGCAGUACCAGCCAUUGGGACUGAUCCAGUAUCGAUUCCCGGCGUAUCUAGCUUACCUCGGAGUGACGGACUUGCAGGUACGCACACGAUCUAG